AUGCCACCCAAAGCGUCGACCAAGACGCCGUCCACGCUCCACGAGCCCUACGAAGACCACGCGUACGCCGACUUGCGCCGUGCCGUGUCCGCACGCUGCCUCCAUCUGCCACGCACCGGUCCGUACCGCGUCGCUAACCGCGUCAACUUCAUCGCGCUCUUACGAGCCAAUGACAAGGCCACGAGAGCCACGAGAUCAGCUGCUGCACCGUUGACGUUACCGCGCCCGUCACAAGCGUCGGAUCCGAGCGCUCUGCACGUCGUUCGCACACGUCGCAGCUGCAGGUUCCGUCUCUUGAACGUGCUCUUGAGUCGGGCGUUUAUCGACCGCUGGGACGCCAUGAAGACGUCCAAUGGAACGCUCGAGAUGACCUCGUUGUGGCUGGACGUGCACGCGGCUUUCCGGCAGAGAAAGCGGACCCCGGAGCUGGACGGACUGCUCUUUGAUGACGCGCUGUUCAAGGACGUGACGCCGCACGUGGUGGUCGCGCACUCGGCGUCGCGGCUCGUGGAGAUGUGGAUGGACAUUGUCACGUUGUAUCGAGAUGCAGUGGCAAAGGCAGAAGCUGCUGCUACUGCUGCUGAUGCUGCAGGAGGGAAAGGGGACGCGACGCACUCUUUCGUGGACUUUUGUGCGGGGCGACUGGACUUGCUGUAUCUACACAUGGCGAUGCUGCUUGAACCAAAGCUGUACGAGUUCCUCUUGUCGGGUAAACUGGUGUUUGCUGAUGGGGAUGGGAGUAGCAAGAUCAAGAUGGAGACGCCUGGACAUGGAGGGAAGGUCGAUGCUGCACAUGGAACAUCUGAAGAUGCGAGGAGCGGUACGAAGGUUCCAGCUCGGUCAUCUGGCAAGUCGUUGGUAGACGAAGCUAAGACGGGUCCUGUGUCCACUCGUACGUCUCCUGAGAUCAAAUCGGGUGCUGCAGAUGCAGCUAAGGCUUUUGCUCCUGCUAUCCCUGCUCCUCAUGCAGCUGUUAGCGCUUCUUCUGCAGCUACUUCGACUCCUGCUACUGCUACUCCCGUAGCUACUGAAGCUGCUACUGCUGUACCUGCUUCGACUCCUGCUGCUGUAGUUGCUGCUACUGCUACUACUUCGGCUGUAGCUGCUUCGGCUCCUACAGCCGCUACUGCUACUCCUGACAUUGCUUUGACUCCUGCAGUUAAAACUGCUGCUACUACUGCAUCUGCUGUAUGUGCUUCUACUUCGACUCCCGUGGUUGCUGGUGUCGAUGUUUCGACGGUGGCUGCUACUGGAAGUGACGCCGGUGCUGUUCCAUCAAAGUCCGCCCCUAUCUCACGACCUUGCAAGAUACCAACACAGAAUCCAGAGAUGGACGAAUUUUUGCCACUUGCGACUUCGUUCCUGAAUGCUGUACCAGCAAAGACGGCUGCUGUACGAACCGCCAGUACGGUGGCUAAAGCAAAUAGGCGGACGUCAGAAUCGUCGGCUCUGAAGUCGCUUGCGCGGAAGAAGCUUCAAACAGUCGGCAACGGAAAGACGUUAAACCGUGGAGCGGGUGCGCAGUCAGCGAGAGGAUCGAAGUCAAAGGCGUUGCCGCUGAAGCAGAAAAAGACAGAGUCCCGGUCUGAAGCUAGUGCUUUGAGCACGCGUGUCCAAAGCAAGUCUCCCGCUGGCGACAAGUGUGUGGACGCAACGACAUCGUCACUUGGAAAACGGCCACGUGAAGAAAGUGCUACCGCGAUUGUCAAUGUCUCUAGCGUGAGCGAUAUUGUUCCGCACUCCGGCAAGCAGGCGCAUUCGGCCAAAGCGUUCUCGACGGCACUUGCUGGACGAGCAGUAGACGUGGUGUUGCCUCCUGAUGAGUGGGACAUUUUGGAGAGUCGGCUACGUAAAGUGAACGAGAACAUUGGUCGGUGCCACCGUGGGCUAACAAGUGUCGACGCGAAGGUCAACGGCAAUUACAAGCAGUCUUUGGAGGCUGAUCUACGAUUUUACUCUGCUAUUAAGCAGCGACUACAGGAGCAACUCCUUGUAGUAAUGCAGAGUGGGUACUAG